GUUCCUCCACACCUCUACAUCUGGCUCAUGGGCUUGCUCGAACGUCGCGACGCGACGUCGAUGAUCCAAAAAGUACCAAAAUAAACCACUUUUCUUAUUGGACUCGUGCAUACACACCAGGAUUGGUGAUCGAUUUUUCACAAUCGAAGUGGUGCAAGGGGCCCCGUAAAUCGAAAUGUCCCUUACUAGACUUUGCGGUUCUGCUGCAGGGGCCUUCCCCUGGCAGAUGCUGCAAAAGGGCAGGCCAAGCCCUGUCUUGGCAAGGUUGCUGCAUUCGUCGGGUGGCGCUGGACCAAAUUUGGUCCGUACCGUUGCCGUGGGAAGUUCACCCACGGUGCUGGUAAGGAGGAUUCGGGAAGAGUGGAACUAUCAGGGUCAGGGCCAGAGUCAGCGCCGAGGAUAUAAGAACUUUGGCCACAAACCGGAAGGAGAACCUCUGUUUACGAGAUUGUUUUAUGGCUUUCUGGCGACCGUCAUGCUUGGGGCUUGCAUCGAUUGGGAAAAACUCCGGAAAGCGAUAACGAUGCCCAAGGUUGAUGCGGAUGCUGGGGUAGAUGUUACCUCAUCCCAACAGCUGAACAAGGAGGGCGAAUCCGAAGAGGAGGAUGAGGAUGCCCAGGCGAAGAGAAAGGCUCGUAAGGAAAAAGUCGGUUUCCGGGAUCGCAAGAUUAUCGAGUACGAAAAUCGGAUCCGGCAGUACUCGACCCCGGACAAGGUGUUCCGCUACUUUGCCACCAUCCAGGCGCCGCAGGGCGAAACCAUUGAGGUGUUCAUGACGCCGAUCGAUUUUCUGACCAGCAUGACACCGGGCAUGAAGCAACCAGACGGACUCGGACUUGAUCAGUAUAAGCGCUACGAUGCCAAGAGUGUUUCAACCCGUUUGGAUUUGCAACUGGAGAACGAUAGCAUCUUCUACAGCCUCGGAUCGUACGGGCUGAUUUCGUUCUCCGAUUACAUCUUUCUGCUGACGGUCCUUUCAACUUCCCGGCGCCACUUCGAGAUUGCCUUCCGGAUGUUCGAUCUGAACGGAGAUGGUGACGUCGACAGCGAAGAGUUCGAAAAGGUAGCGAAUCUGAUUCGGCAGCAAACGAGCAUCGGUAACCGGCAUCGGGAUCACGCCAACACCGGAAACACCUUCAAAGGUGUCAACUCAGCGCUUACUACCUACUUUUUCGGGCCGAAAAACGACGAGAAGUUGACAAUUGAAAAGUUUCUGGACUUCCAGCAUCAGCUGCAGCGGGAAAUUUUGACCCUGGAGUUCCUGCGUAAGAAUCCGGACGAAAACGGUAACAUUAGUGAGGCAGAAUUUGCCGAAUUGCUUCUCGCUUAUGCCGGGUACACGCAGAAGAAGAAGAUCAAGAAGAUUAAGCGGGUUAAGAAGAGGUUCCGUGACCAUGGCGUCGGUAUCUCCAAGGAAGAUUAUCUCAAUUUCUUCCACUUUCUGAACAACAUCAACGACGUCGAUACCGCUCUAACGUUCUACCACAUUGCCGGAGCGUCGAUCGAUCAGGCCACGCUGAAACAUGUGGCAAAGACGGUAGCAUUGGUAGAGCUCACUGAUCACGUCAUUGACGUUGUAUUUACCAUCUUCGACGAAAACAUGGACGGUCAGUUGAGCAAUAGAGAGUUUGUUUCUGUCAUGAAAAAUCGUUUGCUGCGGGGCCUGGAGAAGCCCAAGGAUACCGGAUUCGUCAAACUGAUGCAUUCGAUUCUUAAAUGUGCCAAGGACACCAAACCCGUACUUCUGGACUUGUAAGUAAAUUGACAUCACGGGCAAAUGAGGUUAAACGAUGUCCCUCUCUGUGCUUCAUCGUCUUUGUAAACGUUUCAACACGUGCCCUGUUUAAGUCAAAUUUGUAAAAUAGCUUUAUCUGCCUUGCGGCCAUAAGUUCAUGUCAUGUUAUCGUCUUGUCUCCAAACCUACGUAUUACUUACCUCUCUUCACUGAGAACCAACCUUUAUGUAUUAUUGUCGUUCAUCUUUCCUCAUAGUUACCAAGCAAUGCGCACAUGACAUCUAUUAAAUAUUUCGAUGUUUCUUGAA